CCUGCCUGCCUGACCGACCGAACGACCGAGGGACGGACGGACGGACCUCGCUCCCCCGCACUCUGCAUCAGUCCCGCCGGCCCGGCUUUUUCUUCUGUUGCGUCUCUGGGCUCACGCCGGAGCCCUCAGGCUAUCAACAAUGACUGCUGAAGAAACAGUAAAUGUGAAAGAGGUCGAAAUUAUCAAGUUAAUCUUAGACUUUCUGAACUCAAAGAAACUUCACAUCAGUAUGUUGGCUCUUGAGAAGGAAAGUGGAGUCAUAAAUGGCCUGUUUUCAGAUGAUAUGCUUUUUCUGAGACAGCUAAUCCUUGAUGGACAAUGGGAUGAAGUUCUUCAAUUCAUUCAACCCCUAGAAUGUAUGGAAAAAUUUGACACAAAAAGGUUUCGCUAUAUCAUCCUGAAACAAAAAUUUUUAGAAGCCUUGUGUGUAAACAAUGCAAUGUCAGCCGAAGAUGAACCUCAGCAUUUGGAAUUUACCAUGCAAGAAGCUGUGCAGUGCCUCCACGCAUUAGAAGAGUACUGCCCUUCUAAAGAUGACUAUAGCAAACUCUGUCUGUUACUUACUUUGCCUCGCCUGACUAAUCAUGCAGAAUUCAAGGACUGGAACCCCAGCACUGCACGAGUUCACUGUUUUGAAGAAGCUUGUGUUAUGGUAGCAGAGUUCAUCCCUGCUGACAGGAAGCUAAGUGAAGCUGGUUUUAAAGCAAGUAACAAUCGUUUAUUUCAGCUUGUAAUGAAGGGACUGCUUUAUGAAUGUUGUGUUGAAUUUUGUCAGAGUAAAGCAACUGGAGAAGAAAUCACAGAAAGUGAAGUACUUCUUGGCAUUGACCUUUUAUGUGGUAAUGGUUGUGAUGAUUUGGACUUGAGUUUAUUGUCAUGGCUUCAAAAUCUUCCACCUACUGUCUUCUCUUGUGCUUUUGAACAAAAGAUGCUGAAUAUUCAUGUUGACAAACUCUUGAAACCUACAAAAGCUGCAUAUGCUGAUCUUCUUACUCCUCUUAUCAGCAAACUCUCCCCUUAUCCUUCAUCCCCAAUGAGAAGGCCUCAGUCAGCCGAUGCUUACAUGACCCGCUCUCUGAAUCCUGCUUUAGAUGGGUUAACUUGUGGUCUAACUAAUCAUGAUAAACGAAUCUCAGAUCUUGGAAACAAAACUUCUCCAAUGUCACACUCCUUUGCUAAUUUCCAUUAUCCAGGGGUACAAAACCUUAGUAGAAGUCUCAUGCUUGAAAAUACAGAAUGUCAUAGUAUUUAUGAAGAAUCACCUGAACGAAGUGAUACUCCUUCAGAAGCCCAGCAUCCUGUGAGCAGUGAAAACUUAGAGCAGGGUUCAGCUUCAGAAAAAGAGCCAGUAAAUGGAACACAAAAUCCUGUGCCGGCCAAGCAAGAAAAAAAUGAGCUUCGUGAUUCAACGGAACAGUUUCAAGAAUAUUAUAGGCAGAGAUUGCGCUAUCAGCAGCAUUUAGAACAGAAGGAACAGCAGCGACAAAUUUACCAGCAAAUGCUACUUGAAGGAGGUGUAAAUCAGGAAGAUGGUUCUGAUCAGCAACAGAAUCUCACUGAGCAGUUCCUUAAUAGAUCUAUUCAAAAGCUUGGAGAAUUGAAUAUUGGUAUGGAUAGUCUUGGUAAUGAAGUAUCAACACUUGGGAAACAAUGUAAUGGAAACAAAGGGAAUGGAUCUAACAACACUUCUGCAGCUAGUUUUGUAACACCUCCUCCAGAGUCUAAUCAGAGGGUAGCACCAGAUAUACAAAAUAUGAAUACCAGCACUCCUCUUAACCAUGGAUCAAAUCAGAUUCCUCUUCUUGAAGAGUCACCUGUCCGUGGGAACCAAAUCUCAACAGAACAUUGUGUCAUUCAGCCACAUUUUUCAGAUUCUUCAGGUGCUCUGUCAAAGUCAAGAGGAGAAGAGGGUGACAAGUCAAAGAAGCAGUUUGUUUGUAUUAACACCUUAGAAGACACACAAGCUGUUCGAGCAGUGGCUUUUCAUCCAGUCGGUAGUCUGUAUGCUGUUGGCUCAAAUUCAAAAACUUUGAGAGUAUGUGCCUAUCCAGAAGUCAUUGAUCCUAGUGCAUAUAGCUCUCCCAAGCAGCCAGUGGUACGUUUUAAGAGGAAUAAGCAUCAUAAAGGAUCAAUCUACUGUGUGGCGUGGAGUCCUUGUGGGCAAUUAUUAGCUACUGGCUCUAAUGACAAAUAUGUCAAAGUACUACCUUUUAAUGCAGAGACUUGUAAUGCAACAGGACCUGAUCUGGAAUUCAGUAUGCAUGAUGGGACCAUUAGAGAUUUGGCUUUUAUGGAGGGUCCAGAAAGUGGUGGAGCAAUUUUGAUAAGUGCGGGAGCAGGAGAUUGUAAUAUUUAUACAACAGAUUGUCAGCGAGGACAGGGUCUCCAUGCUCUGAGUGGUCACACUGGUCAUAUUUUAGCACUUUAUACUUGGAGUGGAUGGAUGAUUGCAUCUGGUUCCCAAGAUAAGACUGUUAGAUUCUGGGACCUUCGAGUACCAAGCUGUGUUCGGGUUGUUGGCACAACAUUCCAUGGAACUGGGAGUGCAGUGGCAUCAGUAGCUGUUGACCCCAGUGGCCGUCUCUUAGCUACUGGUCAGGAAGAUUCUAGCUGUAUGUUGUAUGACAUCAGAGGAGGACGAAUGGUACAAAGUUAUCAUCCUCAUUCCAGUGAUGUUCGCUCUGUUAGAUUCUCUCCUGGGGCUCACUAUUUACUUACAGGAUCUUAUGAUAUGAAAAUAAAAGUGACAGACUUACAAGGAGACCUCACCAAGCAGCUUCCAAUUAUGGUGGUAGGGGAGCACAAGGACAAAGUGAUUCAGUGCAGGUGGCACACGAGGGAUCUUUCCUUUUUGUCAUCAUCGGCUGACAGAACUGUAACCCUCUGGACUUACAGUGGUUAGAAGACACCUGUAGGCAACCUAUGCAGAUAAAGCACAGAGAUUUAAGAUGACUGAGUUGGUUUUUUUGUGGUUUAUUUUUUUGG